UAGUGCCUCCUCUAAACUCCUUUAAAUUGAGAGCAGACUGUAAUGUUGACAGGUGAUGGCACCGCCGCCAAUAAGAGUGUCGUCAUUCUUGAUUUAUCAAGUGAUGGUAACUCUUCACUGCAGGUGCAGUACAAUAGAAGAGCCUGAGGGAGGUGUCUCAGGGCCAAUAAAGAGUAUUAGAUGAGGCCAUCACAGGCCUGUGGAUUACAGUAAUCCAAUCUUCUGUAGCGUUGAGUAUCACACACUUGUCGCAUUCCAGCACAGCUGAAGAGGAAGAUGGAGGUCACCACUCGAAGGGCUGCUGUGUUGUUCCUCCUGCUUCUAUCUCAGGCCCUGAUGGCUGUUCACUCACAGGAGGAGGAGGAGGCCGUCCAGGAGGAGGAGCUGCAGGAGGAGGACCAGCAGGUGAUCGAGACAUUGACAUCAAAUGUCAAAGCCUGCACCUGCGACUGCGAGUCUGCUGAUUCACCCACACGUUUCCCCACUGUCAUCCCACCUGUCCUGGAGACCUCACCCCUGCCCCCGCCACCUAAGGGUCACCCAAUGACCUGCAUGCCAGAAUGUCCUUACCACAGAGCUCUGGGCUUUGAAUCUGGAUCUGUGUCCUCAGACCAGAUCAGCUGCUCCAAUCAGGACCAGUACGCCGGCUGGUACUCCUCCUGGCUCCCCAACAAGGCUCGCCUUAACAACCAAGGCUUUGGGUGUGCAUGGCUCUCCAAGUUUAACGACCAGCAUCAGUGGAUCCAGAUCGACCUGAAAGAGGUCAGUGUGGUGUCUGGUAUCCUCACCCAGGGCCGCUGUGAUGCUGACGAGUGGAUCACUAAAUACAGCAUCCAGUAUCGCAGUGUGGAGACACUCAACUGGAUCUAUUACAAAGACCAGACAGGAAACAACAGGGUCUUCUAUGGGAACUCUGACCGCUCCUCCACCGUACAGAACCUGCUGCGCCCACCCAUCGUAGCUCGGUACAUCCGCUUGCUGCCGCUGGGCUGGCACACCCGCAUCGCCGUGAGGAUGGAGCUGCUGAUGUGCAUGAACAAGUGCUCCUGAAGUGCACUCAGCCUGCUUUGUCCUCACUGUCCAUCCUUCCCCUGCCAACCUGCAGCUUGCCAAAAGGGGACAUCGGUCCAGCGACAAAAGAUCCAUCAUGUUACUUUGUUAUGACCUUCAUCUCUAUGAUGAGGCUCACAGCAAACUAAGUCUGGGAAGGUGGACAUGUUUGAUGCACUAUUUAUCUGUCUUAAAGUCUGUAUUGUUUAAUAUGUAAAUACAAAAUUGGACACCUCAAUGAAUACAGGGAUUCAAGUUUUAAAUUCCAAUUUGGAGGCCUGUUACCGUCAAUAAAACUACAGGAGUACAUGAAAGAUUUGUUUACUCAUUACUGUCUUUGA